AUGUCUGGAAGUAAAAGGUUAAACCUCAUAAAUAGCCAAUUAUCUUCCCAGUUCCCACCUAUUCCUUAUGAUGAGUCUUUAGAUAAUUAUCGAAAAAAAGGCACCGAAAUAAGCAAAGAAAUUUUAUUACGUCACUUUAUAGGAGCAUCCUAUGUGCUCGUAAUGGCUUUCUGGAGCCAUAUGGCCUGUGAUCCAGUUUUUAAUCAUCAUGAAGAGGCUGAGUUUUCUCGAAGUAAAAAACGAGAAAGGGUUUUCCAGCAAAUUGCAAGCAUUUAUUUUAAAGCGAAUUUGUCCUAUGAGCUUUGCAAAGAAUUUCCAUUCAGAAAAUAUGAUCUUCUUUAUGCGAUAGGCGAUUAUGAUAUUGGUGUUGGUACUAGGCUUUUAAUCCAUUUAGUUUUAUAUAUAAAUGCAGUAGAAAGUUUAGGGACUUCUAACUCCCCCCCCUCCGUGAGUGAACAAAACCAUUAGAAAAAUCGCUAUUUUUUGCCCAAAAACCUACCCUCUGUGAGUGAACAAAAAUUUUUUUAAUAGAAAAAAAAUUUUUUAUUGAAAAAAAUUUUGAUAUAUAAAUGAUAAUUAGUAUAAUGAAAUCUAGAGCUAAUUCUAUUUAAUUUUAAACGAAUUGCUUUUUAAAACAUAAAUUUUUAUAAAUUAAAUUAAUAUUUGCUUUCCAAUUUUUGCGAAUUAGGAUUUUUUUAAAUUUUCGAAAAAAAAUUUUUUAUAAAAAUUUAUAUAUAAAUUUUUUUAAAAAAAAAUUUAACUCCCCUCCGUGAGUGAACAAAAUUUUUUUUUUUGUUCACUCACGGAGGGGGGGGGAGUAAGCAUAUAGAGUUUAUUAAAAGAGCCUAUCAUUUAUUAGACUAUGGCAGCUUUGGCAUGACAGAGCUUGGCCAUGGCUCAAAUGUGGCAAAAUUAGAAACGACUGCUAUAUAUGACCAUUCUGCAAGAGAGUUUAUUAUAAACUCCCCAACUUCCACGUCAGCAAAUAGUGAAUUGGUGGGGUAG